CACACUCGGUCGAGUCGCAUGUGCGUUGUGGUAACGACGCCGCCGCAGCCAUCGUAUUCGUAUUUUAAUCUUCGGUUACAAUAAUAAUAAUAUAAUAUAUUAAAUUAAAUUUUGUACGGGGAAAUGCGCGAAAAUUUCAACCGUUGAGUACGCAAAACCGUCACCGUGUGCGCAAUACAAUAUAUUAUAUAUCUCGCGAUUUUCGUACAUCGGGUGUGCGGUGUCAUUUUUUUCGAAUUUGAUAAAAAAAUUUUCCCACGUGAUUUCGACUUAAGUUCCGGAGACGCAGUAUAGUAUAAUAUAAUAUAAAAAUACGAUUAUUAUAUUCCAUAGGUUUCACAUAGACGAUACCGUACUAUACAUACAUAAUUAUAAAAUAUAUUGGUACGUCGCCGUGUUGCUGGCGGUCGCGCGAGUGUGCAACAGUUUCCGAUCGAGUUUCCGCGAAUCAUCGUGCUUAAAUACGUAUACCUAAAAUUAAAUAUAUAAGAAGUACACCUUCAAGUUCGUCGCUGAACCGCCCACACCUCCGAGUCCGACAUGCGGAGGUUUUUGUUGGCGGUAAUCGUGUUGUCGGUGCACCGUCGGUGGGACGGAUGCGCCUACCCGACGUCUGCGGAGUCAGCCACAGACGGAGAAUGCCGCAUAGCCGUACAGCGGUUCCGGUCGGUCGGCCUAUACGACACGCCGACUUCGCGGAUCGACCAAGGAGACAAUCUAAAAGUGUGUCAGUCGAGGAAGAGCUGUUGCAACGCCGCCACCGAGGCUCGGUUGAUAGACAUGGUAGACAACGAAUAUAAGAGACACCUGGCCGCACAGGCGGGCUACGUUUAUGACCUGCUCAAUUCUACCGCCCAUCACUUGCAAGAACACAUGACGCACAUGAUUCGAAAGUCCAAAAGCAAAACAGUUAGGGUACUGGCGGACGUAUACGCAAGCAUCGAAGGACCAGCCUCUGGUCCAUUGGACGCGUUCUAUGGACGCCUGUCGCGGUACGUGCACGAGGACCCGGAAACAACCCCGGCGUCGAGCUUAGAAGAUGCAGCUUCUCGGUUGUUCACUGACCUAUUUCCGAUAGUCUACCGAACAGUGGCCGUGGCGGCCGACAGACCGGAUGGCGAAGCGUCAGAGUUCGACGAGGAUUACGUUCAGUGUCUAACCGGUAAAGCAUUAGACGUUAAACCGUUCGGAGACGUGCCGUACACAUUGGCCAAGGACAUUUCCAGGACGUUUUCCGCUACCAACGUACUCGUACACGCACUCAGAUACGGCGGCCAACUGGUGGACGAAGAACACUCCCGGUCGUGGCUAGGUUAUGGAAAUAGGGAACAGUGUUUGGCGGCACUGACAAAGAUGAGACAGUGCUCAUGGUGCGACGGCAAGGACGCGAAACCGUGUCACGGGCUGUGCGUGAACGUGAUUCGCGGGUGUCUAGCCAGGGAGACGGCGCACCUGGACGCGCCGUGGACCGGAUACUACGAGGCCGUCGACCGGCUGGUGUCUGCUAUCAACAACGGUCAGUCGUCGGUGUGUCUGGAGGACCUACUCAGAUCCCUGCAUUCAAGGAUAUCCGAGGCCAUCAUGUACGCGAUGAACCACGCUUCCGAUAUACAAAACAACGUGAAAUACUUUUGCGGUCCAGCAAGAUGGAACUCUCGUGCUUCAAGUACAGUUUCAUCAUCGGGCACGGCUAAGACGCCAGAGAGCCAAGAAGUGUGGAACGUUGAGGAAGAGGACCUUAGCACAGCACUGCUCACUUCCAAGCUGACCAAGUUUUCCGACCCGGAAACCGCAGUCAGAGUACGAGGACUGUUCUCCGACAUGGCACGAUCCAUGUGCACAAAUUAUACGACGACUGAUUGUUGGAACGGCCGGGUAGUAGGAGAAUACACGGACAACGUCGUCGGGCCACUGUUAAGCGCGCAAAUGUACAACCCGGAAUUCGAUUGGACGGCUUCUAUCAUCACGCAAGACAACAAAGUGGCGGAAGUCAUUGACAAGCUCAGGCACAUCAGACAAACGGUGUUGAACCAAUUGAGUUCAAAUCCGCAAUCGGAUUCGUUCAUGGCCGACGAGGCCGAAGGGUCUGGCGAAGGUAGUGGCGCUGGUAGUAGGGGCAGUAACCCAGGCUGGGACGAUGACGAUGACAACGCAGAUUACUCCUCAUCUGGCGACGGUUCUGGCGAAAACCCGAUCACCACUCAGGUGCCUGGAGCCGACAAUCCACAAUUCAAAACGACUAACAAAUCGGUACCAAAUUCGGGACCAGAUGUAGCAAUAAACUCCAAUAAUUCGUCGGGCGCUGCCCCGUCAAUACGACUGCAUGCACCCCUAUUGAUAACGGUGUGCUUGGUGGUUAUUCCUGCGUUGUAGCUACAGACGAGGAUAUAUUUUUAAACGUACUUUUUAUUAUUAUUUUUUGUUUUCAUCGCGUUAAGUUAUUAUUAUAUUGUUGUUAAGUGAAACUUUGUUCUUGGAUUUACUCGGCUUUUCUUUAGGGUGCCUUUUUGAAAAAAUAUAUACAUCUAUAUUCUAUUUAUAUAUAUGUACACUUUAUAACUCUUCUGGACACAAAUUGUUUAAUUAUUUUAAACUCUUCUUUUUUUCC